CCCUUUAUACAUCUCCAAUGUAUUUCUACCACUAAGUUUGCCACUCAAGACCCAAAUAUUUCCAAGCGCAAGUUACCAUUUCUUCGAAAGCGACUGCACUAGACGGAAAAAAAAAUUCAUAACCCAUUAAAGAAUGGCAGCGGACUCCCAAGCGUUUCCUCAGGAACUGCCCCCUCGUCCCGAGCAGAGGACGUGGAGGGACCGAAAUUGCCCAGGCUCUCGCGGUUGUUGGAGCUUCAAUUGGGAAGCGUACAGCCUAGCGACAUCAGAUAGAGUACUUCUGGCACGUCGAGCAUGUAUGAUCACGACACUUGGUGUACGCACUGCCCUCUCCGUCCUGGGCGUCAUAUAUUGGGCCUAUAGCAAUACCAUCGCCGGCACAAUUAUUGGUAGUAUCCUCGCCGCCAUUGGAUUUGUCUUCAUUGCCUGGUGCCUGGCAAGUAUUGGGGAGGCCAAAGGUACUAGAAAGGUGCUUGGAACGAGUGUGGGACGCUGGCAGUUCGACGUUUUUCUCUUCGCGUCUGCGUUGAUUCAUGUAGGAUUCUUGGUUGGCUUUUUCACUGGCAUGGGAAAUACUGGUUUUCUCAUCUCCUGGUACGGAAUGUGGAUUCUGAUAUUUGCCGUUGCCUGGAUUACUACUUGGACCCCUGAGCAACAGCAACCUGUUUCGUACGUGUAAUCGGCUUUGGAAUUUCUUCGGAAAACACCUUGGGAGGUGUUUAUCUCAUGAAUUUGGUCUGAUUGGAAGUCGAAUGUGGUAGUUGGCGUCGCUUUACUUGUUGUAAGCAUGAUGUCGUCUUGUGGGUUAGUUAUGUUCAUCCAAUAUUGAAUUCAGGGGAAACCGAAGCCUGAGUCAGAG